GCGGGGCCAUGGCCGGGGCAGGGAGCGCAGCGCGGAGGCUGCUCCAGCCCUGCAGCCCGCGGGGCAGCGCGGAGGUACCACAAAAGUAUCUGGCCCCUCUGGGAAAAGAGGGAGAAGCAGCUAAAGCCGAGGAGAAGCGACAAAGUGAGGAGCUGCUGAAACAGGCGGCAGCCGAGAGGCAGAAGAUCGUCGGGGAGUGGCAGGAGCUGCGAGGGUGUCUGGAGGAGCAGGAACAGCGUCUGCUGGCCCGGCUGGAAGAGCCAGAGAGAGCCAUUGUCCAGAGAAGGGAUGAGGGCAUCUGCAGCCUGUCGUGGGAGAUUUCCCUGCUCAGCGAGAGGGGAGGAGAGAAGGAGCAGCAGCUGCUGAGCCAACCCCUGCAGCGGCUGACUCAGUGUCUCCCCACUUUCCGUCUCUCUGGGGAGCACAGGGCUGAGGUGACUCACCAUGACAACGACCAUCUCAGGCUACAAAGCGCAGAUCCAGGUUUCCUGGAGGAGGACAGGACAUUGCGGAAGCUAGAGCCAUCGUUUGCAGAGCUGGAGAAGAGACUCAGCGAUUUUUCUCUGAAAAGUGCCAUGCUGCAGGAGGUAGUGCUGAGAUUCAAAGAAACGCUGCGACGGGGGCUGGGGAGUGACACAGCCAUCCCGAUGAUGAUUAAUUUCUGGGAAACAUCCUCAGCAGAAUUAUUUGAAGGUGUUGUACCAGACAGUAAAGGCACAGAGGCAGUGGCUUGUGGGAAAGAGGGCGGCAGAGUAACGCCCACCUUUGGCUCCAGAUUGUCCCAGCCUCCCACGGGACAGGGAAGGGACCUGGCUGUAGUGGAGCCAGUCCAGGGGCCAGUGACCUUCGAGGAGGUGGCUGUGUAUUUCACCAGGGAAGAGUGUGCUCUGCUGGACCCCCGUCAAAGAGCCCUUUGCAGAGACGUCAUGCAGGAGAACUAUGAGAAUGUGACCUCGCUGGACUGUGCAGUGACGCCCUCCCCACCCCAGGCCUCUGGAGCCUUUGGAGCAGAAAGAUCCCAGGAGCUGAGGAUGAAUCCAGGGGAUGGCCAGGCACCUGAGGAUGUUCAGGAAGAAGGCUCUGCAGGCGGCCCCAGAGCCUGUGGGAAGCAGCUGCCAUCUUCCCCAGGAGCGGAGCGGCCCGACCGUCCCCAGUGGCAGGGAAGGAGCUCUCGGCCGGGUCAGAAGGUGGAAGUGCCCAGCCUUCUGGAAGAGGAAACCUGCUCCUGGUGCAGGCGCCGAGGUGGGAGAGGCACCGUCAAGGCCAAAAUGGAGCUGGGCCAGGAUGCAGCUGGGCAGGCAGGACCCAGCCCAGGAGCGGAACCGGGCAGGGUGGCUCCGGGGCUUGUUGUGUGGGCAGCAGCGGCCCCAGGAGCCCAGCCCCGAUUUCCAGCAGGAGGCAUUGCCCUGCCCAGUCAGUGGGGACCUUCCAGCCUUCCCAGGGCAGGAGGUGGAGGAUCCCUCUCCCAGCCCCAGCAGCUCGGCCCGCUUCCUGUGGGACAACAGCAGCGCCUGGAACUUGGACAGCAGCGAGGCCGAUGGACGCUUCUGCUUUAUUCCAGGUGAGCCAGACACUGCUCUCUCCUGGCUCUCACUCUAGCAGCAGGACGCCAAGGAGCCAUUUCCCCACAGGAAGUGCAUUGAGUGCCCCUGUGGUGCUGGGGGCUGGCGCUGCUGCUGCUGCCUGUGGGGCUGGCAGGGGGCUGAUGUCUGCACAGACUCUCAGCUGCCAGGCUGGAGGGGGCACUUGGGACCUUACCAGACUGGCUCAGUGAAGACAGGGGGUUGACAGACGAAUACAGACGCUCUC